GCGCGCCUGACUUCCCUCGCCGCCAGUCACCCGCGAGGACGCUGCCGGAGAGCCCACCCGCGCCACACACCUGCCGCGGCUUCCCUCUGCCACGAACACCCUACUUGUUGCUCCUGCCGACCGCCAGCGUGAGCCUCCUUAGCAGCGAGUCACGUGUUAAAUCUGGGCACCGCCUCGGCGACUACAGGGGAGAGGAGGAGAAGCAGAAGACACAGCCAUGAAGGACCUCAAAAGCUCACUGGCCUCGAAAGACAAAACCUUCAGAGAGUUUCUAAAGUCAGCCUCGUCCCCAAGAACACUACCGGAUGGCGCACACACACCCUCAGUGGGCAAUGGGAAUGCUAACGACCAAGAUUACCUGGGAUCUGACGGCGAGCAACUUAAGGAACUUUCGGCAACGCCCCCAGCAGGAGACGGGGCCAUGCAGACCCCUGAGGCUGCGGCAGCGGAGGCGCCCCCGCCCAUGAGGUCGGUGGGGUCGCUGGUGGAGUACCUCAUGAGCGGACCGGGGAGGAAGGCGGCAAAGAGGCUGAAAGAGGUGGACGGGUCCGGCAUGGUGCAAGCCCCCGUGGUGCAUCAGAUCACAACGGCAGGGUCCCACACGCCACCGCCGCGCAUCGCCACGCCCCCGCCAGAAGUGCCUGUACAGGAAGAGGAGACGUUCGUGCCAGAGGUGUCGCAGACGAUGGCGGAGGUGGUGCAGCUGGCGGUGCAGAACAAGGAUAAAGUGAAGGUGGCGAAGGACGAUGGCGAGACGCAGGACGCGACACACCUGGAACAGCAUGACGCUGUCAAGCCGCCGGCCCAGGCUGAACCGGAACACAAGGAUGAAACACCCGCCACGGUGAGUUACACGAGCGACGCUGAGAAGAACCAAACCUUAUCAGAUGCCAUAAAAGAUAGCAUCAGGCACACUGAGACUCCCAAUCCCGCCAGUGCCCCAACCACUACAAGCAGGCCCAGUUCAAGCGACCGGACGGCGACGUCCAGCAGGCCUCCAUCGAGCGGUGGCUCAGCAACGCCGAGAAGAUCAGAUUCAAAGGAAGAAGUCACGAGCUCUAGCAGGCCUUCCUCAAAGGACAGGCCUAAGAACCCCAGCAGGCCUGCUUCGAGGGACAGAGCAACUGACUCAAGCAGACCGAGUUCGAAGGACAGGGCCAUGAGCUCAAGCAGACCUGCCUCAAAAGACAAAACAGUAAGCUUCAGCAGGCCUACUUCCAAAGACAGAGGAGUGGCAUCCAAAAGACCUCCUUCAAAGGAGAGUGCCAAUGGUUCAAGCAGGCCUAAUUCGAGGGACAGAAGCAUAAGCUCCAGCAGGCCCCCUUCAAAGGACAGGGCCAUGGGUUCGAGCAGACCUACUUCAAGGGAGAGAGGGAAGCCUCCCAGCAGGCCCAGCUCAAGAGAGAGAGGUUCAAGAUCAGGCGCCUCCAGCAGGCCCACGUCAAGGGAGAGGCCCUCCAACGCCAAGACAGACACGAAAAGCAUCCUGACAGCCGUGGAUGAGGACAAAGAGGCUGCCACCCGGACAUCCAGGUCCACCACUAGGGGCAAGGAAACCACUGAAUCCUCUAAAAUCCCACCAAAAGAGUCUGUAAAGAAGCCAUCAAAGGCCGACAACGGGCCACCUGCUGCUUCAACCCAGAAGUCAAGUAGAACUCGUUCCGGCGCGGAGAGUCCGUGGACAAAGCUUGCAGCGUCACAGGAGAGCAACAAGCCAAAUCAACAAAAGAACGUUGAAAAAUUGUACCAAAGGCUUAUUAAGAAGCACGUGUCAGGUAACACCACCACAGCAGCACAGGACGCCGCAGGACAUAAAACUGACUCCACAGGUGGCCACGCCGCUAAGUACAGAGUGCUGAGCCAGACGCCGGACCUCCGUGACGGGUCGCCCUUAGUGCCCACUACCACCAGGGGGGAGGAGUCACCGCAGCAAAACGACGCUCUCCUGGUGGGCGUGCCCCACUCCCUAAAAAGCAGCUCCUCAAGGCCGAAUACUCCAAAGCAAGACUCCCCCAGCAGCCUCGACACAACAGCCGCGGCAGCACAGCAGGACGGCCAUGCUAAGAAACCCGACUCCAGGCAGCCUCCAGUGCAGGAGAUACAACCGAGUCGCUCCCUGCUGGCGAGCAUGGCAGAGCACAAUUUCCAAAAUGCUCGAAACCAAACUCCAAGUUUGAUCCAGCCUACAGGAGAAGCCCCCAAGGAAGCUAACUCACAAGAUGAUCAAGUAGCAUCCAAAAGUCAUCCACAAGAUAUCAAACCAAAGCCUGAUGAGGAUGGAGCCAAUCAGAGCACAGAACAAGUUGCUGAGAAAUCAGGCAGCCAACCGGGAGGCGGCAAAGAGUCCCCGACGGACCAAUCAAUAACUGAGAACGGUGUCGCGAGCAGCACGACGAGCGUGAAGGAUAGUGGCGGGAAGGUCCCAGAGCUCGCCAGUGGUCCCUCACGUGUGGCGCCGAGCGGAGGCAGCGAGAACAAUGCUGCUGGAAGCACUGGCGAGGCUUCGCCCAUAACACAAGGCGAUGCGGCAGUAAGCGGCAGCGUUACGCAAGUUAUUCCACAGGAGCCACUGAAACCCUUUCCCUACAGUGACCAUGUCGCAGCCCCGACCCAUGGCAUCCAUGACGGAGGCUUCCCACGUGCUCCUGAACCCCCGGCAUCCUACGCACCCCGCCUGCGGGGUGAUGUUCUCGUGAAGGCUUUGGAAGAGUCAGCGAGGACCAACGCAGGUGGCAGACUACACUUACCCCCACACACGGGCCAAAGCGCCAUGCCCUACCAUAUGUCCCCACGAGGCACCUCCAUGUCGGCCGUGGAGGUCCCAGAACCCACUCUGGCCACCGUGUCGCUUGCCGUGUCCAAGGGCGCCAAUGAGGUGGGUCGCCCAGCGCCCUUGCGUAACCAGGGCGGCGGUGGUGGCCUCUUUAAUCGCCUCACCUCAAAUUCUUCCUCCACCAGUCUGUGGCACAAAAUUACUCCGCUGGCCGUGAGACCUUCCAACGACUACUACCGCGAGCCCCGGGAGUACGAGGACUACCUGCCGCGGGAACCGCCCAGGCCCGUCCUGCAGCGCCGUAACUCCCUCGGGAGGAUCAACGCACGUGACUACGCUGACGAUGACUACUACUACGACGACGACUACAACGAAUCCUCGCGUCACACAAAGGAGAAAGAGAGUCGCGGGGCGCAGACAGUACGUGUGAAAAACCAGCAGCCAAGACACGGGAUUCUCAAAAAGACGGAGACUCGGCAGGUUCGGAAGGAGGAGCCGCGCAACACCAUCCUCGAGAAGCUGGAGGAGUAUCGGAACAGCCCGCCCAUCAUCAUCGCCAGUGGCAUCGUGCCCAAGAACCUGGAAAGUCUUACCUCGGAGUACCAGGCGACGCGCGGCAAGGGAGGGGGAGGCAACGACUCCCAGCGGAAUGGAACCAAAAACCACAAGGAGAAGGAGCACUUUCAAGACCGAAACGGAGAAACAGGAGUUACGGCCCCCCUGCUGGCGACAUCGGGGCACAAACAGACCAUCGGGGACGUUUUCGACCGUCUACAUAACAACCGGAGGCUGGAACACGCGGCGCUCGUCUCCAGGAAGCCAGAACUUAAACAGAAACCGAAGCCGAUCCCCGCGAAAAGCAAGGAGAAAGACGCGGGUGUUACCAACGUCACCCCCCGAGGAACCGUCACAGAGCCCCAGCGACACCACCUGCAGAACGGAGGGAAGGACGUCUAUACACGACUCUACCAGAACGCAGCGCCCCCUCGAAAACGGAGAGACGAGUACGGGGAAACGACACGUCUACUGGAUAACGCUGCCAACACCGCCGCCCCCGCUGUCGCGUUUCGUCACGAGGGCCAAAAGACUUCCCCGCGGGCCUCCAAGGAUGUACAGAAGCUACAGACCCGCGCCGAUCACGUCAUUAAUAUGCCCAUGUGCGAGUCUCCCACGCCCGCGCAGGAGCCUCUGGGGCUGGCCCCGGACAUCGUGGUGGACGACGAGCCGGCAGCCGUCCAUCCCGGCCACGUGGAGCAAACGGGCAAAGGUGGCAACGACAAGAUACCCAUCGUACUCCUUCAAGGAUUCUUCCAGGGCCCGGGAGUUAGGUCGCCGCAUCAUCGUCGUCCCUCAAUGAGUGUGAACGAGCUCACGCUGCCGCCACACCUGGUCGACGUCACUUCGGUCAUCCGCGGCGCCCUGCCCGUCCUGCCCCGCUCGCUGGCCGCCCUCUGCCUCACCCUCAACAUUCUCCUCCCCGGUCUCGGAACAGCAGCGAGUGGGUGGCUGGGCCUGUGCUGGGGAAGGAACCGCAUGGGAACAGUGGAGACCAGUGGCCACCGCUUCACCUCAGUAGUGGUGACUGCUGCCACUGGCCUUGUCCAGCUCUUCACAGUGACCUUCUUCCUUGUUGGAUGGUUCUGGGGGGUGGCCUGGGGCAUCCUCCUAGUCUCCAUCGCCAACAAAUACACCCAGUUCGUGUCGGAGCAUCGUUCAUCAAUCAGUGGGGCGGUGAGCCUCGAGAUGCUGGCGGUCAACGCCAGCUAGACAUUGCAAGCUCCGACCCUCCCCACCCCCACCACCUGCCACCACUCCAGGCUUGGCCACGACACAUACGGCCACACCACCAAGGGCCACAGUACACCAUCUCAUCUCAUCCCUCUCUGCCCUUCACAAGAUCAUACCUCCCUAGCCCACAGCACUCAUGGCCACACCACUUGAGGCCACACCACCCGCUGCCUUCACACAGACCAAAGCCACGCCACAGAGGCCGCCAAACACAGGCAACACCAUUGCCCCAAGAAAUAGUAUACAGAGGGCCGAGACGCCCAGGCAUGUUAAAUUACUGCUGUUCAAUUUUAUAGCAGUUUCUGAUUGCCCUUUUAUUAUAGUAAUGCAUAGCAGUUUAAAACUAAAUGAAAUAUGAGAAUAUGCAAUACUGAUACAUACAUGGCCUUAGGAUACCUUUUUUAUGAAUGCAAUCCUUUCCUCAUCACAGCAAUUAUUGCUUCCAGUAGCUAUUUUACUCUUUAUUUUUCAUUACAUCAAAAUGUAUUGCAAUAAUGAAGCACAAAAUUUCCAUUCUCACUGCAAAGGUUAAAAAAUUGAAAAUGAGGGAAUUUUUGUAAAGAGUAUGUUACAAGCUGUUAAGAUGGCUGGUGGAAGGAGCCCUGUCAUGAUUCUCAGGGAUGUUGUGUAUCUACAAACUGUUCCUGAAAGACCUUUUCACUAAAUCCUUUAACUCUCAGAAGCUUGGAAUAAUUAGAAGAGAAUUCAAAGUUUUUGCAGACUCCUCCAUUUCCAUCCAUUGUUUUCACUGUUUCAUACCUCAUGCCCUUGAGUACUGCUCGCCAGUCUAAGGUUCUGCUACUGGAAGUCAUUUGGCAUGAAUCCAUGAGGUUUUGUGGACACCUGAUUUUCUAUAAGGUAGAAAUGUGACUUGUGAUCAUUAACAUCUUCGUGCUGUCAGGGCUCUUUGCCUGCUAUACAAAAUUCAGUCUAAUGUAUCUCAUCCUCUGCACAUCAGCAUUCCAAAAUAGUUUGUAUCAUUUAGAGAAACUAGGUUUUCCAAUGUAUAUCAUCCCAUAUCACACCCCAACAAUGCCUCUAGCUAUCAUGAUCAUUAUCAAAGAAUAUCUC